AUGCCCUUUCUAGGCAAUGGCAGCAGCCGGGCCAUCGCCCACGCGCCGCCGGCACAUUCCUCCCGCCUGAGUCAGCCCGGCCGGGAGGAGCGGGAGCGGCAGCGGGGCCGGCACGGCCCGGGCACGGCACGGCACGGCACGCCACGUGCCGUGCGGGGACCGCCGGUGGCCCGAGAGGUGGCACGGGAGGUGGCACCGGUCCCCACGCCACGCCAGAAGCACCUGAGUGAGAAGCAGCCUCACUCAGGACACACGAGGAGCCCGUGGUGUGCCACCCCACAGUGCGCUGGUGGCACUGGGAUCGCCGUCCCGCUGCCACGCAUGGAGGCCACGGGCCAGUUUGACAUGUGGCGGGACUACCUGGGGCUGGCGGCUAUGGUGGCCAUGUUCCUCCGUGACCCCGUGGGCCCUGGGGACACCUUGGUGCCGCUGGGAGCCCUGUCUCCGUGCGCUGGGCCAGCUCCAUGUGUGGGGCCAGCUCCGUCUGCUGAGCCUGCUCCACAUGUGGGGCCAGCUCCGCGUGUGGGGCCAGCUCAAUGUGCUGAACCAGCUCCACGUGUGGGGCCAGCUCCACGUGUGGGGCCAGCUCCGUGUACCAGACCAGCUCCGCGCACUGAACCAGCUCCACGUGUGGGGCCAGCUCCACGUGCGGGACCAGCUCCACGUGCAGAACCAGCUCCGUGCUCGUUCUGCCAGCACAACGGCGAGGCCCCGGGCGUGUACUGGAGCCACAGCCUGCGGGACGCGCAGGGACGCCUGCAGUGCCCGGUGCUGCGCAGCUACGUCUGUCCCCAGUGCGGGGCCACGCAGGACCAGGCCCACACGCGCCGCUUCUGCCCCCGCACGCACCGCAGCUACACGUCCGUCUACUCCCGCCCGGUGCCCGCCAGGAGCAGGCAGAGGAACACCAGGAUGUAGCCGAGGGACGGAGGAUGCUGUGUCAGCGUGCAGGGACUUCCUCAGCGGAUGAGACCACGGCUUGGAGCUUGACUGGGACCAGUCUCCCCAGUUUGUGCCGCCUCCCAGUGCCGCGGCACCCCGGAAGAGUCGCUCCAGCCAGAUUUGGGUGCUGCCAGCGGGGCCAGUUCUGAGUUUUGGGUUAGGUUUGAGCUUUGAGUUCUGAGUUUUGGUUAAUCCCAAAAGGGGUCGGUGCUCCAUUUGCUGGAGCUGUUUCCAGGUUUUUUGGGUUGAAUUUUUGACUUUUGGUUAAUCCCAGGCCGGGAAGGGGCCAGUGCUCCAGGUGCUGGAGCUGUUACCAGUUUUUUUGGGAUGGAUUUUUGAGUUUUGGUUAAUCCCAGGCCAGAAAGGGACUCCAAGUGUUGGAGCCUUUAUCCCACCACCACAGCCGUUCCUUAGCGUUUUGGGUGGGUUUGGUGGCAUUUGU